GCCGGCGGCCGGAGACGCUGGCUGCUCGGAGACGGCUCAUUGUGUCGAUUGGACCCGGAUUUGCAGCAGCGCGUACGCUCGCGCCGUGUGGUGGAUUUACGAUUAACCGGCGGAGCUGCGGGGUUCAGCGGCCGGGGAAAAGCAGCUGGAGGUCGGCGUGGAUUACCACAAAGAACUCGGAGCUCGGAGGACAUCUGAGGGGGUGCACCCCCGCCUCCUGACUUCCUGUUUGCUGCUGUCUCUUGAGCGUCCAGAGGCUUCACCUGUCCGUCGCAGCAGAUUUUCACUCUCUGACGUCUGCAAUGACCUGCUGACAUCACCGUCCCACCGCCCCCUCCUUCCCUCUCUUUCCUUGCAAUGGCCCUGACCUGCUGGCUGUCGCCAUGGCGACCCCCGCCCCUGCUGCUGCUGCUGCUCAGUUCCUGGUUGCCGGCUGAGUCGGCUUCAACCACACCCUUCCCCAAAGACCUGGAGCCAAUCAGCGUGGUCAGCUCGGAGCAGUCGUUUCAGUACCCGGGGUUUCAGGGUUUGCUUCAGGACAACGACACGCUGAGGCUGGGCCUGGACUUCCAGAGGAUGCUACGGAUCAACCACGUGCUGUACAUCGCAGCGAGGGAUCACGUGUUCGCAGUCAACCUGACGACGGCUUCAGGGGAGUUCGUCCCACAGAUGAAGCUGACGUGGAAGUCCAACGACGUCAGCAAGUGCACGGUCAGAGGGAAGAACAGCGACGAGUGCUACAACUACGUGAAGGUGUUGGUUCCCCGAAACGACGAGACGCUGUUUGCCUGCGGGACCAACGCCUUCAACCCGACCUGCCGAAACUACAAGAUGACCUCACUGGAGCAGGUCGGGGAGGAGGUGGUGGGUCAGGCUCGCUGUCCCUUCGAGUCCGGUCAGUCCAACGUGGGACUGUUCGCUGGUGGAGACUUCUACUCGGCCACCAUGACGGACUUCCUGGCCAGCGACGCCGUCAUCUACAGGAGCCUGGGCGAGGGCCGCCCCGUCCUCAGGACCGUCAAAUACGACUCCAAGUGGCUGCGAGAGCCGCACUUCCUGCACGCCAUCGACUACGGGAACUACGUCUACUUCUUCCUGAGCGAAAUCGCAGUGGAGUACACCACGCUGGGCAAGGUGGUGUUCUCUCGGGUGGCCCGGGUCUGUAAGAACGAUAACGGGGGAUCUCCUAGAGUUCUGGAGCGAUACUGGACGUCCUUCCUGAAGGCUCGGCUCAACUGCUCGGUGCCCGGAGACUCCUUCUUCUACUUCGACGUGCUCCAGUCGCUCACCAACGUGCUGCAGAUCAACCAGAGACCCGCUGUGGUCGGAGUCUUCACCACGCAGGCCAACAGUAUCCCCGGCUCGGCCGUCUGUGCCUUCUACAUGGACGACAUCGAGAAGGCGUUUAACGGGAAGUUCAAAGAGCAGAGGACCAGCGACUCCUCCUGGACUCCCGUACCCGACGAGCAAGUUCCCAGACCGAGGCCCGGUACGUGUGCAGGCGACGGCUCUGCUUCAGAAUACAAAUCGUCUGUUCAGUUCCCGGAUGAGACGCUGACCUUCAUCAAGUCGUAUCCUCUGAUGGACGAAGCUGUUCCCUCCGUCAACGACCGGCCCUGCUUCACCAGGACGUCCAGCAGGUCCAAGUUGACCCAGAUUGUGGUGGAUGUUUCUGCUGGGCCUUACAAGGACCGGACGGUGAUGUUCCUGGGCUCAGACGAUGGGCGAGUCUUGAAGGUUUUGGCCAGCACCCAUCCAAAUGACAGCUUUGGAUCCAAACUGCUGGAGGACAUCGACGUCUACAACCCAUCCAAGUGCAACGUUCAGGGUCAGGAGGACAGGAGGGUUCUGGGCCUGGAGCUCGAUAAGGACCAUCACGCCUUAUUUGUGGCGUUCAGCAGCUGUGUGAUCAGAGUGCCGCUCAGCCGCUGCGCCCAACAUGGAGUCUGCAAAAAAGCCUGCCUGGCCUCUCGUGACCCAUACUGCAUCUGGCUUCGGACCGGGAGCUGCGCCAACGUUGCGCCGGGUUUCAAGGCGGGGUUUGAGCAGGAGAUCGAGGGCGAACACUCGUUUCAUCCGGACAGCUGCCGCGCUGACGUGUUGGCCACGACACGGAACCAGGAGUCCGCCGCCGACUCCGCCUACGGCGUGCGGCGCCCUCCGGAGAUGGACCAGCGUGCAGGUGCUAACGUGCACUACACGCUGCUUAUCGCCUGCGUGCUGGUGGCCUUCUUCCUGGGCGCCAUCUUGUCGGGUUUCCUGGUGUCAUGCUACUGCGGCCGCAGCGCCGCCCACCGGGCCCGGAGGCUGGGGAAGGACCCGGAGGCGUCGCUGCCUCACGCCCUGUCGCUGCGAUCCCUCGCCAAGCUCAACGGACUGCUGGACGGACAGCCCAAGGAGGACAAACUGGACGUGUCCACCCCGAAGAUGUACAGUUCCUUCAUCCCCAACGGCCGGGCCGAGCAUCACCUCCACAGCCCCGUGCACCAGGGCCUCCCGCUGGGCGACCCCGAGCUCAGCCUGUCACAGUCUCUGUCACAGGGGGAUGGCGAGCUCUCUGGCCUGCCCACGCCCGACUCCACCCCGGAGCUUCCCAUCAAGAACAUGAAGGCGCUGCGACACCAUCAGUACGAGAAGAACCAGAACUGCAACAACGCCAGAGACAAACCCAGCUGCUCCGCCUCCAGUCUGGGAUUCAUGGCCGUCGUCGGGAACGCCUUAAACCAGCAGGCGUUUCCCUUCCCUCAUCACCAUGGCAACAGUGUAAGCAAUGGGACGCCCCACGGGGCCGGCGCCUCUUCGACCUCUCUGCACCUCCCAGAGGAGAGAAAGAUCUCCAAUGAUGAGCGGGCGGCGGCGGCAGUGGGAGGGGGAGGAGUCCCGCAUCACCACCACUCCCAGCAGUCCCUCCCCCAGACAGUGGUGGACGUGUCGGCGCUGGACGAGCUGCUCAAACACAUCCACGAGGUCAGCGCGUCAGGAACCGGCGGCAUCAAGGUCCUCACCUCCACCUCCUCCUCCUCGCUGUUCCCCGGGUCGUCCGGCUCCACCGCAGGGCAACAUCACAGCCACCAUCACCACCACGCACAGACGCGCACACACCACUACAACCACGGCCAUCACCAUAGCAAUCACCACAACAACAACAGCGGUCACCAGCAACAGAAUGAGACGGCGUCCUACCACAGCACCUCCGCGCUGCCGAGUGACGGCCUCCCCAAACGCUUCGACCCUCCUCCUCAGAACACCACCUCCUCCUCAUCUUCAUCCUCCUCAUCCUCAAACAACCCCACCUCCUCCACCUCCAUCCCCUCAUCAUCCUCCUCCUCUUCCUCCACUCCGCUCCAGCAGCAAGUGAUUCCAGAACGACCUGGAGGAGGCGGCGGCGUCUCGGUGAUGCGACACCACUCUCAGCGUCACUCCCUCAUCAGGAUGGGCAGCGGGAGUGGCGCCGUGCCCCGCCAUCACAGCUUUAAUCAGCGAGGGCCGCAGCACGCUCACUUCCUCGCCAGGAUGAACACUAACAACAGCAGCAACAACAGCGACAGCCCCGCCCCCGCCGACAGCAAGCAGCCGUCGGUGGCCAGCGCCUGCCUCACACGGCAACACAGCUACAGCGAGGGGCCGCACGCCCAGCGGGCCGCCGUUGUCCGGAGAACGGCGUCGCUCAAACCCCAGCUCCCUCCUAAACCGCUCUUCCUGCCAAACACAGCCACGUCACCGGGCGCAGAGGUGGGAAAGUACAACUACUGAGACCGCCGGGCGCCGCACCGACAUGGCCGCUGCUGUCCACAGAUGCCUGCCGGGCUGGUGAGAGAGGAUGAGAGGAGAGCGCCGAUGGGCUGGAGACACAAAAGAGACCGAGAGCUUUUUGUCCCCAUCGCUCCUCGUUACCACCCCUCAGCCGUGCUUGCUGCCCCGCCACUGAGAGGACGCCGUCCGUCGCCACUCAGCAUCUCUGGCUCAUUGAAAGGGGCGGGGCUCGAAACCAGCACGAACUACUAAACAUUCCAAAGGCGGCUCGAGGUGGCCAUAGAAUUCCAGAUUAAUGCAGUUUUCUUCGGAGCACUUUGAUGCGCCAUCCCGUCGUCAGGCCCGGAUUUCAUUUGCCAGGAUCGUCAGCAAACCGAACCCAGUGGAAAAAAUUCCUCGGCCUGUCUGUGAAUCUGGGCCGGAAAACUGAACCCCGCUGCAGGGGUGGCUCCCGUCCCCGUGGGGGGCGCAGACUUGUGUUUUCAGCAGCACUCUGAGGACAGACCACCUCGGUCUUUUAUACCAUAUUGGUAUCUACAGGUCGCCCAGCAGGUGUGAUAACCGUCUCCACAUCACUACAACGACCCUCUUGCAUUAACGCCGGGACGCCUGCUGAGCGUCACACCGAACCCCCCGCGGGUCGUUUCAGGCCCUGCACUCGUCUGAAGGGGGCGUGUUUUCUCUUCACCAGCUGAGGACACACUGUGGAAACUUUAACAAAGUUUGCUCUUAAAAUGGUGUUUCACCCAAAUUACCGCCACACUCAUGCUCCCACUGAUCUCCCGGGGUGUCCGGGGUCCGGCCCCCACGAGGGCGGAGCAGAGGCAGACUUGUCAUUGCAGCUAUGCUCUGUGAGCCUCUAAGCUAAUGCUAACUCGCUCCGCCCGAGGCUGGUGAUGCGUUCAGGUACCUGUUAAACCUUUGAAAUGUGUGCAGGCAUGAAACAGCCCAGAGUCUGGGAGGGGGGGCGUGGCCUGUUGUCUGCCGUGGCGGAGACAUUUCAGUCUGAAUUCAGUCUCACUCUGCACCUUCAUUAAAAACUACAUUUCCCAGCAGGCAGUGGGAACGUGAGGAUUCUGUUGGUGGUAAUUUGAAUGAAGGUUUGCUUUGCUUCGGUCUGUGGGAGGGUUUCCUUCCAGCUGAAGAACAGUGGAUCAGCUGUUCCUGCUUUGUCUUUACCUCGGUGUUUGUUAGCGGUUCUGCCGGGUUCUGUUUCUGCCCCCGGGCUUAGGCAACAUGUUGAGCCAACACAGGUGAGACUGCAGAGCGGUCCCUGCAGACCAGCGGGUGACGUGACGCCAGCUCUCCGUGUUGCCUCAGCGUGUGGCGUCUGAUAGAAACGUCUGGAUGCACUGCUUUCAGGUCUGUUAGCAUCAUUGUCCGCAGACGGAUUCAGUUUCUGACUUUGGCGCUGAACACCUGAACACCUGCUUCAUGUCACAAACCCUGAAGCUGCAGCUCUUUUAACUACACUGAGGCACAAACCCUCGGAGCGUCACCAGUGAGCCGCACGGGCAGCGCCGCUAAACGAAGCAAUAAAUGUAAAAGAGAUGAUUCAGGACCUCUGCACCUGCUCGUUCAGACCAUAAAACAUGAAGAGUUUCAGAUACAAACACCAGUAAUCUCGUCACAUGUCCGAAAACAGCUGGCGUCAACUUUCAGAUCCAGUCAUUCGAGCUUUGGCGUGGCGCUGCUACUGGUGUUAUUACAUUUAUCUCAUUUAUACCUGAAUAGUUUGAGGGUUUCUGGCUCGCCUGGCUGUUUAGGGACAGUUCUGGGGUACAUCAGGCAGUCGUACUAACCAGCACAAGUUUGAGACGUAGGUUUGAAUGCAGAACACGCCGCUGUGACGUGUAAUCGUCUGAGCGAACUGACUGUCGCGUCCUGCAGCCGUGACUUCUCACCGCGGUCCACGGCGGAGGACGAGCUCUGCACCAACAUGAUGCAACAUGCAGCCGAUAGCGAGCCGCGGUGCGUGAUGCGUUUGUUGAGGUUAAAUAAAAGAGGCCAAAGCAGCGGCGCGAUGGUUGCUGCUCACUGUAAAAGGAUUCAUGCCACAGCGUUUGAGGCGCUUACAUCAUCCUCUUUCAUCUCGCCUGAUUCAAACAGUUUGAAAUACUGUAGUUACCACAGAUUACAGCUGCUGUGGUCACUGAAGGAGGCUGCCGCAGGACUCGGAGGCUAAAUUUACUGCCAGUCCCACCCUCUGCUCUCAGCAGGGGAUUCUGCAGAAAAAGAAACGGCAUUUAAAAACGAGCCGAAGAGGAAGGUUCAGGCGUUUGUGGCAUCACUGCAGACGCACCUCUGUGAACACCGACCGUUAAAAACUGAUUAAUGGAAAACAAGGAGGGCUGCGUAAAAACACCAAAGUGUCACAUUGAGCUUUUUGUAUUUGAAUUAAAAUGAAAAUGCUGCUUUAAGGUUUUGCUCAGAGUUCUGGUUCUUGUUCAGUUGGUAACAAAUCCGUGGCUCGAGUCCUGCUAAUGUGCCAUAGAUAAUUGGCUGAACGCUCCUUUAGACCUGCGGCGAGCCGCUCCAACCUUCACACAGCACAAACGCCACCUCAGCGUCUGUGAGCAGUGCUGAACUCUCCAAAAUCACGUGUGAAUCUUCAAAGGUCCUUUAUGAAUGUUUCCACUGGGUGCUGCUAGGGGGCGCCACAGAGCAUAAAGACUUUGGCGUAUUUUAUAAAGGUUUUGUAUGAGAUGCACUUGUAACCUUGAAAAUGAUUUUGUUUAUUUGUUUCGUGGUUCUCGUCCUCUGAAGUGCUGAAAGGAGCAGAGACGCUGUGGACUCACAGCGCCACCCGGUGGGCCACGCUGCAAUGACAAUGUAAUAAUGUCACACACUAUUAUGUUUACCUUACUGCUAUGAAUUAACAAUGUGGAUGACGGUGUAAAUAAAGGCUACUGUGGAAUAAUA